AUGGUUAAUAAUUGGUUGUCUAUCAUAGUUUUUACUAUAUGUUUCGCAGCGAUCUAUUCGGCAGUGAUUCAAUCAAAUCAUCAUCAACAUAAGAAUGUUCAGAGGAGAUCAUGGAAUGAAGCCAUUAAAUUAGCGAAGGAUUUUGUUGCACAACUGUCAUUAGAAGAGAAAUGUAACAUGACUGCAGGUGUUCCUGGUCCAUGUGCUGGCACUGUUUAUCCAGUAUCGCGAUUAAAUUUUCAUGGAAUGUGUUUUCAAGAUUCGCCAUCGGGUGUUGGUGACGGUGUACAAUUCGCAACUGCAUUCGCGCCGGGUAUACAAAUAGCCGCCACGUGGGAUCGAGAUCUUUUCUAUCGACGUGCUGUCGCAAUCGGCAAAGAAUUUCGAGGUAAAGGUGUUCAUUUUGCUCUAGGUCCAAUGAUGAAUAUCGACCGCAAUGCUCUCCAUGGUCGUAAUUGGGAAGGCUUCGGUGCUGAUCCGUACCUUUCGGGCGAAAACUCCUUCUUUUACGUCCAAGGUAUUCAAGAUCAAGGUGUCGUAGCAACUGCUAAACAUUAUAUUUGUAAUGAACAAGAAACCAACCGUUUCUAUGGUCUCAGUGAUAAUUUACUCACAACUGGUGAGAUUAAUUCCCAAGGUUACUCAGCAAAUCUUGAUGAUAAAACCAUUCACGAAAUCUAUCUUUGGCCAUUCGCAGCAAGUGUUGCUGCCGGUGCUGGUUCUAUCAUGUGUUCAUACAAUCAAGUCAAUGGCACGCAAGCAUGCCAGAAUGAUAAAACAUUAAACGGUUUGUUAAAAGGUGAACUUGGAUUUCAAGGUAAUGUGAUGUCAGAUUGGGGUGCGACGAAAACUGGUGUACCAUCUGCUCUGGGAGGAUUGGAUAUUGAAAUGCCAGGUGGUGACAAUUUUCUCGGCUUUUCUCUUGUACAAGCGGUGAAAAGUGGUUCAAUUAGUGAAGAAAGAAUUAACGAUAUGAUCGUUCGAGUGAUCGCACCUUAUUACCUACUUGGACAAGAUCAAGAUUUCCCGACACUAGAUUUAGAUCGCGAUGCUACUGAAGAUAACUAUAGAAUUAAUCGAGAGAUUGGUACUGCUGGUAUUAUCCUAUUGAAAAAUACGAAUAACGUUUUACCAUUCACUGUUACUCAAGAUAAAUAUUAUUCUGUUUUUGGUUCAGCUGCAGGUCAAUUUAACGAUGGACUUGGUCCAUGGGGAUCCGAUGAAGGAUUCAAUGGUGCACUAUAUCAAGGUGGUGGUUCGGGUUACGUUCGACCCACUUAUGGCAUUGAUCCUCUUACUUCACUGCUAAUCAGAGCUCGAGAGUCGCAUAUACAAAUUCAAUAUGUUACCAACCAGAACGAUUACAAUGCGAUCAACAAUUCGUUUAACGUUCGUGGUUUUCAAAAUGCUAAAUGUCUAGUGUUCGUUAAUGCUUGGUCCACUGAAGGACGAGAUCGAUACAAUCUUCAUGCUUUUAACGAUGGAGAUAAAUUAGUUCAAACAGUUGCUUCUCGUUGUACGAAUACGAUCGUUAUUGUAAAUAGUGUUUCUCAAUUGAAUAUCGAAGCAUGGAUUGAUCAUCCCAAUGUUGUGGGUGUCGUUUGGUCUGGUCUACCGGGAUCGGAAUAUGGACCAGCCAUCGUCGAUGUCCUCUUUGGAGAUUAUAAUCCAGGUGGUAAACUUGUUUUUACUUUAGCAAGAAAUGAUUCAGAUUUUGGCACAAAUAUUACUGAAUCCUAUAAUUCCAAUUAUACCGAAGGCGUCUUCCUGGACUAUCGUCAUUUUGAUAAAAAUAAUAUCACUCCACGAUUCGCUUUUGGUUAUGGUUUAUCAUAUACAACAUUCUUAUUCUCACAACUUGAUAUAUCAAAGGUUUCUAACAGUAAACAAUCAGCUUAUCGUCAACGUCGCAUACGACCAUAUUCCAAUAUGCGCACUGCUAAAUUGUAUCAACCUGUAUAUGACGUGACAUUUACAGUUACCAAUACUGGUAAACGUGAUGGUUCCGAAGUACCUCAACUUUAUCUUGGUUUUCCUGGUGAAGCUGAACAACCACCGAAAGUAUUACGUGGCUUUGAACGAGUCUAUUUAGCUGCUGGUGAAUCCAAACAAGUCACACUAACAUUGACACAGAAAGAUAUUUCAUACUGGAAUGUUGUCAAUCAAAAAUGGACAACAGCACCUGGUACUUAUAAUUUUUGGAUUGCAACAUCUGCUGAUAAAAAUGACGUUAAACUACAAGGCAGUUUCAAUAUUUAA